UUCGGUAUUAUGAUUACAAAUACGCCAAUGAUGGGUAUCAAUUUGUACUUCGAGACCUGGGUCUUGGGACCGGCCAUGUGCGAUCUGUAUGGCGGCUUGGGUUCGGCCUUUGGCUGCAGUUCCAUUUGGUCGAUGUGCAUGAUCUCGCUGGAUCGUUAUCAAGUCAUUGUCAAGGGUGUAGCUGGUCGACCAAUGACUAUUAAAUUGGCGCUAAUGAAAAUUGCCUUCAUCUGGGCUAUGGGCAGCAUCUGGACAUUGGCGCCGGUGUUCGGCUGGAGUCGGUAUGUACCUGAGGGUAAUCUGACUUCAUGCGGCAUUGAUUAUUUGGAGCGCGAUUGGAAUCCACGUUCAUAUCUGAUCUUCUACACCAUCUUUGUCUACUUUCUGCCGCUGUUCUUGAUCUGCUAUUCCUACUGGUUCAUCAUUGCUGCUGUGUCAGCUCACGAGAAAGCCAUGCGCGAACAGGCCAAGAAAAUGAAUGUCAAAUCUUUGCGCUCUUCUGAGGAUGCCGAAAAGAGUGCCGAGGGCAAAUUGGCCAAGGUGGCGCUGGUCACCAUCUCGUUGUGGUUCAUGGCGUGGACACCAUACUUGGUGAUCAACUGCAUGGGCCUAUUCAAAUUCGAGGGAUUGACCCCACUGAAUACCAUCUGGGGUGCUUGCUUUGCCAAAUCGGCUGCCUGCUAUAAUCCCAUUGUCUACGGUAUCAGCCAUCCUAAAUACCGUUUGGCGCUGAAAGAGAAAUGCCCAUGCUGUGUGUUCGGCAAGGUUGACGAUGGCAAGUCCAGCGAUGCCCAAUCGCAAGCCACCACCAACGAAUCCGAGUCCAAGGCAUAAGUGGUUGGAG